CAUCAUUUGCGUUGGGCUCACGCGGUCACGCCAUAUCGUUUGACUCACUGAGCGUGUUGGCGAGACUGGGUGUUUCUAGACACUUCGCCUGAGUGUUUGGCGCCAUCGUAUAAAUCCCCUGGAAUCACAUCUCGCUUCUUUGCCUCACAUAACACAGAGCCACAGAUUGUGUCCGGCGAUACAGAGAGAGAGAGAGAGGGAGGGAGGGAGAGGGAGAGAGAAUGUCGUACCUGUUGCCGCACCUUCAUUCUGGAUGGGCCGUCGAUCAGGCUAUUCUUGCCGAGGAAGAACGCGUCGUCGUUAUCCGCUUUGGCCAUGACUGGGACGAUACCUGUAUGCAGGAUGACAAUUGACGAAGGAAGCUAUAAUCUGAAAUAAGAAUAAUUGUCAUAGCCUGCUGGGAAGCCCAAGAAUUACAAAAGACUGUAAUGGAGAUGGAUGAGGUGCUGGCAUCAGUUGCUGAGACGAUUAAAAAUUUUGCAGUAAUUUACCUGGUGGACAUCACGGAGGUUCCUGAUUUCAACACAAUGUAUGAGCUUUAUGACCCAUGCACUGUUAUGUUCUUCUUCAGGAACAAGCAUAUCAUGAUAGACCUUGGAACUGGAAACAACAAUAAGAUUAAUUGGGCUCUUAAGGACAAGCAAGAGUUCAUUGAUAUUGUUGAGACAGUCUAUAGAGGUGCCAGGAAGGGACGUGGUCUGGUAAUAUCUCCUAAAGAUUACUCCACCAAGUAUCGCUACUGAAUUAGCAUUCAAGUUAUUGAUUUGGGUUUUAGGGAACUACUUAAGACACUUGAGUGAUAAUAACCACUGUAAAUAGUGAGCCUUCUAUCUGAUUACCUUUGAGUAGUUGCUGAGUUGGUGGUUGUGAUUUGAAUUGCAUGGAACAUCUUUAACUACAAUAUUAUGUUAGCUGUGGCUAGUGUCCUUUAUAAUUGAUGUCAGUUUGGAUUCUACUUGUAAGAUGUUUACUAGUUACUAGUGAUAUCCAGAAAAUUAUGCAGAA